AUGGCUGACGGCGGAGAGUCCGCGGCGGCCCCUCCGGGUUCUCCGGCGACGGGGCGGCGGCCGGGUGGCUGCCCCGGAGGGGCGGAGGGCCCGGCGCCGGUUGCGCCGCGGCUGCCGCUGGGCGGCCCGGCCGGGGCGGCGGGGAUGUCGCUGCCGCGGCUGGAGAAGCCGAUCAAGCAGGCCUUCUACAACACGGGCGCGCUGCUGUUCGCGGGGCUGUGUUGCGGGGCCGCCGUGCUGGUCUACUUCAUUCUGGAGGCCUUCCUGCGGCCGCUGCUGUGGGCCGUGCUGUGCGGCACCUUCCUGCACCCCUUCAAGAGCUCGCUGACGGCGCUGGGCCGCCGCUGGCUGGGCCGCCUGCAGCGCUCCCGCACGCCCGUGCUGCUGGCCGCGCUGCUGCUGCCUCUCUGCUUCGCCAACUACGGCGUGGAGGCGCUGGGCGAGCAGGUGCUGCGACGCCGGCGGCUCCUGCUGCUGCUGGGCGCCGGCGGGCCGCUGCUUUACGGGCUGUACUGCCUGGGCAGCUCCCUGGGCGUGCAGGUACUGCUGGCCCAGGCCGCCCGCCUCAUCUGCCAGGGGCUGGACUACUUCAGCAGCCAGUGGAUAUGGACGUUGGUAGUUGGUUACCUGUUGAUGGUUUCAUUCAAGUGGAAUAUAAGCACCGAGCGUUACCUGAAAGCAGUCUCUGUCCCUGUGUGGAUCAUGCUGCUCUUUCACUUAGCUUCUGUGGCAGGCUGCUGGAGAAUUCCUGUGUUCCUGGUUAUAGUUGUUCUGAUGACUGUAGGCAUGUUGCAUGACCAGCAGAAUGGAAAGGAAUCUUCUGGGGCAGAGCUUCCUGGUCAGAUGAUUUCCAUUGCUGCGUCAACAAUUGCCAUGGCAAUUUCCGUGACAGAAGAUGAAUUCAGUAGUGAACGUUCCUCACAACCCUCAGGUGCCACAGAAGGUGAUCCACCUCCACAAGCUUCGUCAUCUUUCUCCUCUGCGUCCUCUUCUGGGAACAGACAAAGACCUGAGAUUGGUUCUUUUCUUAAAAAAAAGAAGACUAGUGAUGUUUACUUCGUUACACUUGUGUGGGCAAUUGUUAUUGUCCAGAUCUGGCUAAAUUUAUGGAUUGUGCAGCUAUUGCCAGUGCCUUUUGCAGCUUGGGCACUUAAAAAACUCGUGGUUCAUUUUGGAGUUCUGAGUUUCAUGGCAAAACGUUGCAAAAGUUGGUGGCAACUUGUUGAAAACUUUGUGAAAGAACGUCAGGAAGCUCUUGCACCGCGUCCCAUCAGAGGGCUUGGAAGAGUCAUGCUGAAGCUUGACAGUAAGCUGUGGCACUGGCUUAAUAAGAAGAUGAUCGUGUGGUUGGAGAAAAUGCUAGAUAAAAUAAUCAGCAUUUUCAUAAUAUUUUUGCUAGUGAUAGGAACCCUUCUCCUAGCCCUGCUCCUUACUGCAAAGGUACAUCAAGAGAGUGUUCACAUGAUUCAAGUCACGAGCAGCUUGAUCAAUGAGACAGUAGCCAGUCACCCAGAAUGGGCAAACUGGCUUCCAGAAGCCCAGGUUUUCCAGAAGGCGCUCAACUCAGCAGCAAAUAAUGUGUACCAAUAUGGCAGAGAAUGGAUUACACACAAGCUUCAUAAAAUUUUAGGGGAAAAAGUGAACAACACCGCUGUGAUUGAAAAACAAGUGCUGGAGCUUUGGGACAGGCUUUAUCAUUCUUGGUUUGUGAAGAAUGUAACGCAUUCUGGAAGACACAAAGGACACAAAUGGCACAUAAACCGUCAGAACAGCUGGCUUGGAGAUAUUCUGGACUGGCAAGAUGUUGCCUCAUUUGUUCAUGAUAACAUUGAAACAUUUCUUUCGAUCCUGGAGUCUCUCUGGAUAGUGAUGAGUCGGAAUGUGAGCCUCUUGUUCACUACAGUUACAACAUUGGUGACGAUCCUUUUCCAUAGUGGGACAGCUCUUCUCAAUUUUGUGCUUUCAGUGGUGAUUUUCCUGACCACACUGUUCUACCUAUUGAGUUCUAGUGAUGAGUACUACAAGCCAGUGAAGUGGGUCAUAAGCCUGACACCUCUGUCUCAACCAGGUCCUUCCUCAAAUAUAGUUGGCCAAUCUGUGGAGGAAGCAAUAAGAGGUGUAUUUGAUGCUUCCCUCAAAAUGGCUGGGUUCUAUGGACUCUACACUUGGCUGACUCACACAAUAUUUGGGAUUAACAUAGUCUUCAUACCAUCUGCAUUAGCAGCAAUCCUUGGAGCGGUUCCAUUUCUGGGGACGUACUGGGCAGCCAUCCCUGCAGUCCUAGACUUGUGGCUUGUGCAAGGAGAGGGAUGCAAAGCCAUUUUGCUCUUGGUUUUUCACCUGCUGCCAACCUAUUUUGUAGAUACAGCCAUUUAUUCAGAUAUAUCAGGAGGUGGUCAUCCUUACCUGACGGGUCUUGCAGUAGCUGGUGGAGCAUAUUACCUGGGACUGGAAGGAGCCAUCAUAGGACCAAUUCUACUUUGUAUACUUGUGGUUGCCUCCAACAUAUAUAGUGCCAUGUUGGUUAGUCCAACAAAUUCAGUGCCCACUCCAUCACAAGCAGCAUGUCCACUACAGAUUUACCAGUCAGCUAGAGAAAGUCCCGAGGAGACAAAAAUGGCUGCUGAAUGAUGAAGGAGCUAUGCUGCACCUGUUCAAGAUGAGAGAAUCACACUUUAUUCUUUCUUGAGCUCCCAACAGCCAUGGCCUUUUGCCCCUCUGCUGCUCUGCUCGGGGCUGUUCACAGGGAUGCAUAGUUUGAGUGUUAGGAGACACCACUCCUUGAACAUCUGCUGGCCUUACAUUACUGUGCACUUUGCCUCUUUGAGAGAGAAUGUCAACUUCCCAUGGCUUUCUGUACUAGCCAACAGUUCCACAGCCACUUUGUAUACCUUCUAUCUUCUUAAAAAGAAUGGCUAAGUGGAGAGAUAAAUCCACUGAAGUUGUUAUCUGCUGAAAUGACUUACUUGGCUUUUAUUUAUUGGGUUAUUUGUGUUAUUAAUUUGUAGUAUGUUUAAAGAAAGCUAAAUCCAAAAUAUUUAUUCUCUGUUAAUCUGAUGGCAACAGAGGUGUAAACCACUCAUUGUUAAAUGAAGAUUGAAUGCAAUUGUUUGCUGCUCCUUGAAGUAUUUCUUUAGAGGUUUUGACCAUCAUCUCUAACUCAUAAGAACAAAUAAAUGUUAUCCCUUUAUGAGCACUGAAAAUUAGUGUUGUUGAAGACAAGUAUUUGUAGUAUCUUCCUGAAAUUAGUAGAUGAACAAAUUGAGAAAUGUGAAUUUUUGUCGUUUAGAAAUAGGACUUGUUUAAGUAGUUUAAAUCUUGCCCUUAUUUCUGGUCAGAUCUGGUGAUAUUCCAAUGUCAAUUUACUGUCUAGUGGGGUCACAGUAUCAGCUAACUUUGAUUAAAGGCCUUAAAUACUUUAAACCUAAGGUAACACACAGUUAUCACAUCUUCUUCCAAUAAUAAAAAGAGCUUGAGUGGGAUUGUUUUAUAUCAGUUUUCAAAUGCUGUGACCAAGUAGCAUUUACUUUUCAAGCAAAUAGUAUAUUUCAAAGGAGGAAAGGGAAAGAGUAGAGAUUUUGUUAUGUUGUAGGGUUGGUUUUUUUUUUGUUUUUGUUUUUCUCCUUAUAAGCCUCUGGCCAAAUAUCUUAGUGAUUUAUGCAGAGUUCUUAAAUUCUUGAAGUGGUAUAUUGCCUCAAUCACAGAAACAAACUACUUCAGUGUUUUUCUUUCAUAUGUAAUUCUGCUGAAACUGCAAGUUUGGUGAAGUUUAAGGCCUUUUGUAUUGUUGGUUGAAAUAUUUUGACACAAUGGAUCUUUAUACUUUUGUGAAGACAAAGUGUUUUUUUGGUCAAAGCUUCCACAAAUGCACUGAGGCUCUUCAUACAAAGUAGCAGUUGCACGUGCUUAACCAAAGAACCACCUUUCAGUUUCUGGUAACUUCUCUUGAGUUUAAUUCAGUUUGAUUGACAAGGUUUAUGCAGAGUACAGGCAUGCCUCGCAUUUAUUGUUUACCAUAAUGCAACUGUUGAUACACAACAUAAUUCUCUAACUUAGCUACUGUGGUUUUAGUGAUGAAAUGUUCUGCCAAAACGUGAGGUUUCAUGUGUGCUGGUUUGGGGCUUGCAGGCUUCCAGGUAUGUGUUUGGAGGACAGGCUCGGGCUUGAGUUAGUGGUUUGACUGCUGGUUUGGUGGUUCUUCGAAGUAUGGAAGCAUCCUAUUUAAUAUUUGAAAUUCUGAGAGAUCAAUUCCAACUAACUUAACAUGGAGAGUGUAUUGCUUGAAUUAUGUAACCAGCCCAUGUUUUAAUUUCCUUGGGUUUGUGGAUUGCUUCAUCUUUACUAAGAUCCAUUUUUGUAAUUGUUGCUGGGUAAGGAGGAGGAUGACAACCUGAGGCUGCCCCUAAAUAUUCCUGCAGCAUUCUAACCAGUGUAAAUGAGACCACCAUGACACUUGGGAAACUUCUUUAUUCUUGUUGUUAUUGUUCAGAAUUUUGCACUGAAAUACUUUCUUCACAUUCUAACUUCAUCUAGUGAGCAUUUAAAGAUUACUAGCAAGAAAGAUGCAUUCUUAAUGUAUUUCUGGUUUUCUGUUGCUUCUCUUUGCUCACUGGUCAAGACAUUUAAAUUGCCAGCAUUUUUUAUCCCAGUUCUUUCUGAGACAACCUUUUCGAAUCCUGAGGCAACGUAGUCGUUGUAGAGCGUCAUCAUAAGGCAAUCUUUUGUUUGCUUGCUUUUAAGUUUUCCUCUCCUCCCUCCCAUUUGUGUGUGAUCAUUUGUGUUAGAUCAAACAAGGGUCUCUACUACAAAGAUUAAAACUUUCAGUUCUUCAGUUAUCUUCAGUAAUGGCAAAUUAGUGAAAUCAGCUGAGGAUGUGCAUUGCAGUUUUGAAAUGUUCCUUUCCCAGUUUGAAGAGAAAUCAUUUUGUAUAGAGGAUGAAAUUCUCACACAGUCUGUUAGCUUGUCCUCCUUUGAAAUGAAUCUUCAUACUCGAUGCUUCCUGUUUCAAAUUCAACAAGGACUUGCCAAGGAGAACUUUCUGUAGUAUAGUCUUUCUCAGGUAAUAUAGCUUAAGGGCCUCAUGCUACAUGCUGUGUCUGAUAUAGAAAUAAGUUGUGUGACUUGGUAAUUCAGCAACGGUACGCUGCCAAAAGGAAAAGAAAAUGGUAAAGCAAAUCUCCAAUGAGACCUUCUUAGGAUAGGAAAUAUUCACUGAAUUCUGACAUAUUUAAAUAUAUAUAUAUGUAUAUAUAUAUAUAUAUGUAUACUAAAAAGCAUACUUUAGCAGUGACAGUCUCUUUCUUAAUGUCUUGUAGGUGAGAAGUUGAUGUUCUUUAGCUUUGCUGUAAGCAGCCAUUCCAGGGGCGGGUACUUAGGUGUAUUUGGUAUAGUUAGUAUUCAAUUUAGAACAAAGACAAUGAUUUAGAGUUCAGAAGGGAAUGCUUGUAGUAAUAAACCUGGGUGGUACUGUGUCAUGGUAUUGCAAAGUACACUGAUAAUGUUUGUUACCACUCUCUGCUAGCUGAUCAGGCUCAUUGCAAGUAAGCACAGUGUCGAAGGGCUGGUGAUAAUUGCUUAACUGUUUUUGCACAGUGCCAAAGUUAGCCCUUUCUCUCCUUCCUUUACCUUAGCUGAACGUUACUGUACUGCAGCAGCACUUGCAGAAGUUCGUGUGUGCCCGUUUACAGCCCAGCUUGUUAGCUUCAGGUCACUGUAGGUAGUGGCUUAGUUGAGCACAAUACAGCAAGUUGCAAAGGAUGAGAAUCUGGCACACGCUUGUUUUGCCAGCUGUAGCACAAGACAGUGACUUCCAGCACUGUGCACUGAUGGCUGUGCGCUGUGACCAGCUGGGAGCAGUAAUGGCUUAUUUUGAAACUACUUACAAAAAAAAAAAAAAAAAAAAGUGUAUUAUUCUAGUCAUACAAUAUGCAAUACAUACAUACAGUGUGCCCUUUUCAGAAAUUAAAUUUAUGCCCAUUUGUCUCAUAAUAGAAGUAAGUCUGAUGUUCAUGUACACGGUAACAUACAAGUUUGUUUCAACUAAGGUACCUUGAAGCUUGCCUCAUUUCAAGGAAUGUAUGGAUUUGUUUCAAGACUUUGGAGAGGAAGAUGUACUUUCAUGUAUUUCAUCAGUGGUUAUUGAGUUAGGAAAUCCAAAAUCUGAAUAAAACACAAAAAAGAGCAUUGACUGUGAAGGGAAGGUUGGGUGCUGUUUCCAAUAUUAAACAUAGCGACUAUCAGUAACUUCUGAAAUAGCUGUUUGGCUGUAAUGUUCAGUGUUUUUCAGGAAGUCUGAAUGUGCAAAAGCCCAGAACCCCUGUAAAAGCAGUAUCAGAACCAACUUACUGAUGCCGAAUACUAGUGGCAGAAUUCUGUACAGUGUUGCCUUCCCUGUGGACCCAUACAAAGGAUAGGAAAAUAGCAUUCUACAGAGGCUCUGUGGCUUUGCAUCAGUGGUAGAAGGUGCUUCCACAACUGCUUUUAUUCAGACAUUGUGUUCCUAUUGUAUCAGCUUAAUUUUCUCAAUAUAUGUAGUGCUACCUUUAUGUAAAUCGCUUCUGGAAACAGCCAGGCUUUCUUCAGAAGGUGCAGAAAACUGUUGGAAUUGGAGUUAGCAUUCAUUAGGUUUCAUAAUGGAAGAGGCGUUCUAAAGGUGCAGUUGUUUUCCUUGCAGUUUGCAACUUGGCAUGGAAAGAUUACUUUUCCAAAUAAAUACUCUUCAUUGAAACCUGGUGCCUCUUACUCCUACACACAGAUCAUCUUUCAAAGUGAAAUAAAAGCGCAUCUGGGGCUUUUAUUUCAAUUUUAUUACUAUUUAUGUCUUAUACUUUUUGGUGAAGCAUGCUUUGGCAGGUCAAUUCCCUUCUUAUUUCUAGUUUACACUACUACAAAACUAAAUUUACCUAAUAACAAACCUCGUGGAGGUUGUGUCCUUAACCUGUUGCUAUUUAUCUGUCUUUUUUAUUAAAAGCCCUUAGUGCUUUAUGAUCAAAAUCUCCAAAAUAGCUUUUAAGUAAGAAAAUUGGAAAUUUAAAAAAAAAAAACAACAAUUGGAAUGUGGAAAACCAGCUUGAUAUUUUGAAACCAGAAGCAGUGACAGAAGUGUUGAUCAUAUUCACGGAUUCCAUGUGGGUUUGAAAAUGUAUAUACUUAUAUGCACCAUUAUAUAAAUAGGAGCAAUCUUUCUCAUAAUCGGACUUGAACUGAAAUUGUCUUUUUUGGGGGAGACGGGGAGAGGAGAGGGGUCUUUUUAAAGAUAUCUGAGAACAAAGCAGUGCCUGUAUGUAGUGAAAACAGGCACCAUUUUCUAGAAUUAAUGUUUACUUUAAAGGAAGUUGGAGGGGAGCCAAGCAGAUGCUGGUGGGAUGAGUAGAACUGUUUUGCUGCAGUUGAUGUGAAGUUGGGAAAGACUGCUCUUCUGUCUGGUGAGCCAUUGCUGAGAGAUCACUGGUCCUGGAAGAAUUUGCACACGUGCAGUUUUGGGGUAGAUUCCGUGAAGGGCAUGCUGUGCAUAUCUGCUGAAAUAGCAUGUCCAAUUCAGGAAGGAAUAGCUAGUUGGCAAGUAAGUGCAUCGUAGAAUCAUAGAAUGACCUGGGUUGAAAAGGACCACAAUGAUCAUCCAGUUUCAGCCCCCUGCUAUGUGCAGGGCUGCCAACCAGCAGACCAGGCUGCCCAGAGCCACAUCCAGCCUGGCCUUGAAUGCCUCCAGGGAUGGGGCAUCCACAGCCUCCUUGGGCAACCUGUUCCAGUGCGUCACCACCUUCUGUGUGAAAAUAUCUUUAUUGUGCUCUGCGUAUGGAUGAGUCCAAACAAACAUAAUUGGUGUUUUAAUAAGUUAGAGGUUGUUUUUUGAAUAUAGAAUUAUGCAGCAAUUCCAGAAGUAGGUUUGAGUCAGAAGCAGGGCAUAUUUGCUUGCAGCAGGAUGCAUUUGCUAGCUAAUAAAUGCAGCUUGAGCGUUCAGGCAUCCACAUACAUAUCUGAAAGAUUUUCAGCAUCACGAUUUUAGAAUAAAAAUACUGAUUUACUUUCCUAGCCUCACUUUUUGCUUCUUGACUUUCAAUGAGAACCUUAAGUCGUAGUCACUUCUCAUGGUUUGUUGUGGAUUAAGUGUAAGAGGCGUCACAAAGCUAAAAAGUAGCUGCAGAACAGAAUUUCAUUCAGCUUAAGAACUGCCGUCCAGACUGUGCUUUUGGGAAAACAUCAUCCAAAUUUUUGCCUUCCUUUCUGCCAGUCGUAGCCUCAGACUGACGCUUUGUGAGGAAGUAUCAGUAAAACAACAACUUCAUGUUGUUUGGCUGGCUGGAUAGUUCAGUGUUUUCAGUUUCCACUUUCAUCGCUGGUACAUUCUGCAAGCAGACAAGUUGUUCAGAUUGUUACCUUUAAAAAUAAAGACUAUGUUUCAGUGAUGGCUGGAAAUAAGCUUUCUUUACUAAUACAAGAUGCUUACCUACACAUUAGUUAACUAGUGUUUGAUGUUUUGGUCAGAAGAGUAGGGAAGUUUUGUUUUUUCUCUUUGGUAAAUUUCACCAAACCAAAUCCAGAGGAACUUGUGACAUUGUGUGCAAAGACUGGCUAGAUCCUGCUGCAAUCUAGAAGCAGAUCUGUUGCGUUACAGAGCGCAAGUUGUUCUGAUAUGUGCAUUUCUAACCAGAACUUGGGUGGAUUUGGAGCAAUAACUUCUGUCUGUUGACUCAAAUUUGUCUGUGAAUGUACACAUGAUACAAUUCCAGAAUGGAACUAUGUUUGUGACUAAUGUUACCGUAGUUGGUUUUGGUCAGUGCCUGUUUUUGCAUGUAUAGUAUUGGAAAAAUGAUCGCUGUGUCCGUUGGUGGUAGAACACAGAAUGUGGUUUAAGGUUAAGAAGUACUCGUAUAGCCUGCAGAGGUUAAUUCGUUAAUUUUGUUAAUUUUGAUUGUAUGCACCAGUCCUCUUCCUAAUAAAGGGUUUUCUUUUUUUUUUUUUUUUUGUAGCUGGUGUAAGAAGCUUUUAACUUAAUAUUGUGUUCACACUGCAGUCCUUUGUAAACACAAAAUGUUUAAUAUAUUUUGAAAUAAAAUGCUGUUGAAGAAAA